UUUUCCUUUUUUUUUUUUCCUUAAAGAUAGAACAUAGUUUUGGAAGCGAUUGCUGAGAAGAUCAACCAGUGUUGGCCAGAGUGAUCUCUGAGAAGCACAGAGGGCUGUAACUCAAGGAAAAGGUUUUAAGACCCGGAAGAUACAAUGUUCACUAAACUCUUCCAGCAGUGGAGUUUCGCAGUCUUUCUGCUGAGUUAUUCCGUGCCCUCCAGCGGGAGAUCAGUAGAGGGGAUCAGCCGCAGACUCAAAAGGGCUGUAUCAGAGCACCAGCUAUUGCAUGACAAGGGCAAGUCAAUCCAAGAUUUGCGAAGAAGAAUAUUCCUUCAAAAUUUAAUUGAAGGUGUCAACACUGCAGAAAUACGUGCAACUUCAGAGGUUUCACCUAACCCCAAGCCUGCUACCAACACGAAGAACUACCCUGUCCGGUUUGGUAGUGAAGAUGAGGGCAGAUACCUAACUCAAGAGACAAACAAAUCACAGACCUACAAGGAGCAGCCCCUGAAGGUAUCAGGGAAGAAAAAGAAAGCAAAGCCUGGAAAACGUAAGGAACAAGAGAAGAAAAAGAGACGAGCUCGCUCAGCUUGGCUAAAUUCUGGCAUGUAUGGAAGCAGCAUGACUGAGAGCCCACUCUUGGACAACUCUGUCACUACACAUAAUCACACUUUAAGGAGGCGCUGACAUUUUCAGCAAGAUUUUUUUUGGAAGACAUAUUGCAGUAUUCUGUAAUAGUGAACAUAUGGGAAGUAUUAAAAUAUUUAUUACCUGUAAAUAUUGUAAAUGCUCAGAAUAAAACCUUUUCCCCCAUUGCUCUCUGAAACUGCACAUUUGGUUAUUGUGAAUUUUCCUUUUUUUUUUUGGCUAAGGCUAAGACAAUUAUUAUUUUCACAUUUACCAUAAUUUAUUUUGUUGACUGGUGUAUUUAUUUUGUGAACGUAUCUUGGUGCUGCUGACUUUCCAUAUUUUUUGUAAUAUAAUGCACUUUAGAUAUACAUAUCGAGUACAUUGAUAACUGACAUAAAAUGUUCCUUUUUUGUGGUUAACUUCAAUGAAUGCCUACAUACAGUUGUUCAAAAUGAUUUUCCUUUGUGCAUGUAUA